AUGUUUAGAUAUUUAAAGAACUUUCUUACAUUUGUAUAUUCUAUUAUUUUAUUAUGUGAAUAUUUAUCUUUUAUAAAACAUUGUAUUGCUAUGAAUCUUAGGAGUUAUAGAAAAAGCAGUCUCUAUAUAUUUAAUAACAUAGUGGAUGAUAAAAGAUGUUCUUUUCCUUCAUGUAGAAAAAAUUGUGUAAAUUAUAUAAAUAAAGAUAAUCAUUUAAAAAGGUUUAUUAAUAAAAUUAAUAAUAAGAACUGGUUACGAUAUGAAAAGAAAAAGAAAGAAAACUUAAAUAUAAAAGUGAAUAAUUCCAAAUGUGAUAAGGAAAGUAUGCAUAUGCUCAUCCCAAUGGAAAUACCUAUAAGAGAAAUGAAUAAAUAUAAAUCAAACGUGAUAGAAUAUGAUGAUAUUAAUAAAGAAAUAAAUGAAUGUAAAAAGAAAGAAAAAAAUAAUAUUAAACAAGGAAAUGAAAAAGGAAUAGAUAAUAAAAGUGUUUGUAAUCAUGUAAUAGAAAAGAAAGAUGUUACUAUGGAAGAUAGAAUAAAUAAUUGUUGUAAUGUAAAUAAUUACAAUAGUCGUCAAAAUAAAAAGGAUGAGCAUAAUUUAUGUAGUGAAGAAAAUGUAUCCGAUAUCGAUGACCUGAAAGAGAAGAAUAAAAAUACAAUAAACACGAAAAUAAAGAAAAGAACAAAAGAAAACACAAAAAAAAAAAUUGAAUCAAAUAUAAAUAAUAAUAAUAAUAAUAAAAAGAAUAAUAAUAAUGAUGAUGAUGAUGAUGAUGAUGAUGUAAAACGUACAAGAAGAGAGGAAGUUAGAAAAAAAUUAUCAGACUUAGCAAAAAUGAGAUGGCAAAAUGAAGAAGAAAGGAAAAAAUUAUUAAGAUCUAAAAAUAAAUUUAAACAUACAGAAAAAACCAAAAAAUUAUUAUCCUAUAAAAUAAAACUAAAAUGGACAGAUGAAAAUUAUAGAAAGAGAAUUAUAGAAAAGACAAGAAUUUUUAAUCAAGAUGAAAAUACAAAAAGAAGAAAAUCUAUUUUAUUAAAAGAGAAAUGGAAAAUGAAAGAUUUCAGAGAAAAAAUGUUAUGUAAUAGAAAGCCAUAUAGUAUUGAACGUAGACAAAAACUAUCAGAAAUUAUAAAACAAAAAUGGAGAGAGGAUGAAUAUAAGAAUAAAACAUUAACAGCUAUUAAAGAAAAUUACAAAAAAAGAAAAUUGCUAGUCGGAUUGAAUCCCAACUUUAAUUACAUUCAAAAUGUGAUGUUGUUUAGGCAG